AUGAGCGAGUCUCCCCCGCGUCCGUCGAGAGCAGGAAACGACUCCCCCAAGCAAGCACAGAGCAGGCAAAACGCAGACGCGAUCGAGCGCCCCGCCGCGAGAGGAGCCGAGAGCGCGCGACGCCAAGUGUUCAAUGGCAAGCUGUUACAACCUAAACGUCCGUAUACCCGCUGUCCGAUGUCCAGAACUAACAUCGAACUUGUACCUGGUAUCGAGGCGCAGGGGGACCUUAUACCUGGUACCGAAGGGCAGGGGGACCUGUUACCUGGUACCGAGGCGCAGGAGGACCAUAUACCUGGUACCGAGGCGCAGGGGGACCUUAUACCUGGUACCGAGGGGCAGGGGGACCUUAUACCUGGUGCCGAGGGGCAGGAGGACCUUAUACCUGGUACCGAGGGGCAGGGGGACCUUAUACCUGGUAUCGAGGGGCAGGGGGACCUUAUACCUGGUACCGAGGGGCAGGGGGACCUUAUACCUGGUACCGAGGGGCAGGGGGACCUUAUACCUAAUAUCGAGGCUGAACAUAAAACCUGA